AUGGAGUCACUGUGUUGCCAGCCUGCUCGCUCGUCGUAUGGCAGCCCAGACAAAAUGCACAAGCAGUCGGGGCUCGGUGUAGCUCCGGUGUCGCCUCACCGUCCAAUCGGAACGCAGAGAGGGAUUCGAACCCCUUUGCCUCUUCUUCAGGCCGCAUCAUGCACAACCGUGUCAUGGUCAUCGACACGAAAGCCUGUAACCAUUGCGAUAACACAACAAUUGCACUUUUUGCUCAUCUGCUGUAUGCAUAAAAUGCACCCAAUCCGGUCUCGAAUCCCGCCCUGGACUAGAGGAGGACAUUCGUUCUGGGCACAACGCCAGCAUCAGUCCCAGCAUCAUCUUAUUGCCCUGACGACCAGUAGCAUCAUUCGCAGUUGCUGUCUUCGAGGCUUGAAUUGCGGCUUUCUACUGUCCGAUCUUGCAACCAACCGUGGAUGCGCCGGUUUGUGGGCAAGAUGGCACCGGACUUCGAGGACUGCAUCCCAGCCCUGUUGGGCGCGUGUGCGUCCUUGUUGUGUGCUCAUUCGCUGCGACUACGGCUCGAGUCCCUCAUGCAUCAGGAUUUCCUGUUUUGUGACCAGGACUCUCGGCCAGCAGCCCCGCGAUGUCGCUCGAGCCUCGGAAUGGCCUCAGGACAGGCCGACAGCACACUCCGCCAAUCAAGUGUCCGGGAAAAAACGAAUUACUGCAACAUUUGGAUUCCUCUUUUCAGCCAUUAUUCCGGCCUGGGCGACUUUUCGUAGGGACCGCAUCGACCGACACUGGCAGGAUGCAGUGUCUAUGCGACAGUCUCACCGUCGAUCGAGUCCCGGUUUUCGAUGCGCUUCAGUCUCACAUCGUCCUCUGCAGGCAGAAGACACCGACAUUUGA